UGUCCCUACCCAUGCUGGGCGGAAGCGGCUUCCCAGGCCUUUCAACACCAAACGGAGAAGGACGGUGUGGAGAAUAGGACCAAAUUCCACCUUUGUGCGAACCGCUACCCGCUCCUGCCCGCCCCUSAGCAGGGUUCCCCGCUGAGCGCUUUUCGGGACCUUGGCUUCACCGGUCUCCACAGCACCCGGAGGCGGCGCCCAGAGCUUUGUGCUCAUUUUACGUGGCAGAGACUGAGGUCCUAGGCUGCCUCGGUCUGAAGUGAGGGAUCACCUGAGGCCACCGGACCAGCUUUUGUAGCCUCCGCUCACGACCUCGCUCUGCCCACUGGGUCCCAUGGCUGCGCCAGCGUUGGAGCCCUCUGGCCUUCCUGUCUAAGGCUUCUAUCCACCUGAGAGAUGGGAGACCAGAUGAGAAUCUCAAGGACAGAGGCAUUGGUAUCAUUUGAAGAUGUGGUUGUGACCUUCACUGGAGAGGAAUGGAGGCAUCUAAACCUGGCCCAGAGGACCCUCUACCAGGAGGUGAUGCUGGAGAUCUGUGGGCUCCUGGUCUCACUAGGGCAUCCUGUUCCGAAACCAGAGUCGAUAUUGGAUCAUGAGCAGGGACUAUGGACAGAGAAGAGACACCUCUCCCAAAGCACCUGUGCAGGUGAAAAAGCAAAACCCACCAUCACAGCACCUACUGCUUCUCAACUGACCUUCUGUGAGAAAUCCUCUUUUCAGGAACAACUGGCACAGAGGUCCUCAAAGGAUUCCAGAUUGGGGCAAACCAGAGAUGAGGAAAAGCCAUCAGAAAUGCAGGAAAGGAACUGGAGACCAGGAACAGACCCCUACAAGGAGACAUGCCCUGGAAAGUGGUGCCAUAAAAAUGAUGAUUUCGAGACAGAUGAUAAUCUGUGUUUAAGAGUUUUACAGGAGCGAGUCACUCCACAAGAUGCUGUCCAUGAACAUGACUCCCAAGGAUCAGGAAAAGACACUGGGAUUAAUUCAAGGAGCAGCCCCUAUAAAUGCAAAGAAUGUGGAAAAGGGUUUUGCAAAAAUUGGGCCCUUGUUCGACAUCAGCAGAUUCAUACUGGAGUAAAGCCUUAUGAAUGCAGUGAAUGUGGGAAAGCCUGUCGUUAUAUGUCCGACUUUAUUCGACAUAUGCGGUUUCAUACUGGGGAAAAACCAUACAAGUGUAAGGAGUGUGGGAAGGCCUUCAAACGCAGGUCUCACCUCACGGAGCACCAGCGUAUUCACACUGGAGAUAAGCCCUAUGAAUGCAAAGAAUGUGGUAAAGCUUUCACUCACCGCUCUUCUUUUAUGCAGCACAAUAUGACCCAUACUAGAGAAAAGCCCUUUUUGUGCAAAGAAUGUGGAAAAGCUUUUUACUACAGCUCUUCAUUUGCCCACCACAUGAAGAUUCACACUGGAAAGAAGCUGCAUGAGUGUCGUGAAUGUGGAAAGGCCUUUACUCACCGCUCCACUUUUAUCCAGCAUAAUAUGACCCACACAGGAGAAAAACCUUUUUUGUGCAAAGAAUGUGGAAAAGCUUUUUGUCUCAACUCAUCCUUCACGCAACAUAUGAGAAUUCACACUGGUGAGAAGCCCUAUGAGUGCAAUGAAUGCGGAAAGGCCUUUACUCAUCGGUCCACUUUUAUCAGGCAUAAGAAGAUCCACACUGGAGAGAAGCCCUUUGAGUGCAAAGAAUGUGGGAAGGCCUUUUGUGAUAGCUCUUCCUUGAUUCAGCACAUGAGGAUUCACACUGGUGAGAAGCCCUAUCAGUGCAGUGAAUGUGGAAAGGCCUUUACACACCACUCUGUUUUUAUCCGACAUAAUAGGACCCACAGUGGAAUAAAACCACUGGAGUGUAAAGAAUGUGCAAAAGGCUUUUACUAUAGCUCUUCCUUCAUUCGACACAUGAGGAUUCACACUGGAGAGAAGCCCUAUGUUUGCAGAGAAUGUGGAAAGGCCUUUACCCAACCUGCAAAUUUUGUUCGGCAUACUAGGAUCCACACUGGAGAAAAACCCUUUGAGUGCAAAGAAUGUGAGAAGGCUUUUUGUGACAACUUUUCCUUAACUCAGCACAUGAGAACUCACACUGGAGAGAAACCCUUUGAAUGCAGUGAGUGUGGAAAGACCUUCAGCCACAGUUCAUCCUUCACUCACCAUCGAAAGACUCAUACCAGAGUUUAAUCCAUUUUGUCUCAUCAACCCAGAGAUGGAACACCUAUAAUAAUAACUCAAACUGAGCAACAGAUAUACCCCUGUGGUCACUCUGAAAUAAGUGUUUUUAGAGUUUUAUUCUUUUGAUGAGAGAAAAAAAAAAAAAAGGGGCCUCAUCCUCAGGAGAGUUGGACC